CCCUCGCAUCACAAGACCUUCAAUCAAACCUCACAAUUUCUUUUUUUCCCCCUUCAGAUUUCAGAAGCAUAUGUACCCUUUUUCAACAUCCCUAGAAUCCUCUCAAAUCUUUGUAAUUUCUUGCGCAGUUAAGACAUUCCCUGAUCUUCGCUCUCAGUCCAGCCUCCAAGCCACUCACUUUGAGACCAUAAAUGGAUUCAACCCCACCACCUGCUCACCGAUCAAACCCCAACUCUCAAACCAAAUCAGCCUCACGCCUCGCGAGAAUUACUUACUCAGUUAUUGCUCCCAACAAAGAAUUCCCAAAUCUCUCUCUCGACCUUGUAUCUUCAUCUCCCAAGAACACCCCAUCACCCUCAGCUUCUUCUCUUCCUCUUCAAGAACUCCUCCUUCUGUCUCCUUCUCCCUUACGAAAAUCAAGGACCCGCCUCGCGGAUAGGCUUGACAUGGCUGCAGAUGAGGCUGUGGAUCAUGCUGGGUCGGCACGCAGGAGGUGCAAAAACAGGGGAACCCAAAUGGCUCUUAUGGGUUGUGCCUCGCCGAGGAAUAAUAGGAGGUCGAGGAGAAGAUCUGAGCUGGAGGUGAGGGAAGACAGAGAAUUGGGUGUUGCGGAAGAGAUUAGAAAGGUAAGGAAGAGGCGACAAAGUGUACGGUCUAAGAAAGAAAAGCUCAGUUUAGUCGUUUCAGUACCUUCUUCAAGCUCAUCCCCAAAAGUUGAUGAUGCUAAUCGAGGUAAUCUAGAUGAGAUCGGGGAACUGAUUUAUGAUUUGGUUAUGUGGAGAGAUGUAGCCAAGUCAAGCCUCUGGUUUGGUUUUGGCUGUUUAUCUUUCUUGUCUUCUUGCUUCACCAGAGGGAUUAACUUUAGCAUAUUUUCGGUGGUCUCCCAACUUGGACUUCUGUUUCUGGGUGCAUCAUUCUUUUCCAACUCUUUCUGCCAAAGAAAAAGUGAGGAAAAGAGGAGUGAGUUUAAGCUGAGAGAAGAUGAUAUAUUGAGAAUGGCUAGGCCAAUACUUCCAGCAACAAAUCUUGCUAUCUCAAAGACAAGAGAUCUCUUCUCAGGAGAACCAUCUACGACCCUCAAAGUAAUUCCAUUUCUUCUUCUAGGAGCUGAGUAUGGCCACCUUAUUACACUUUGGAGAUUGUGCGCAUUUGGGUUUUUCCUAAGUUUCACUAUCCCAAAGCUGUACUCAUGCUACUCAAGUGUAGUAAACCAAAAAGUUGAGAGCAUGAAAAAAAGGAUAAUGGAAACAUGGGGAGGAUGCUCUCACAAGAAGAUUGUAGCUGCAUCAGCAGUCACUGCUUUUUGGAAUCUGUCCAGUGUGAAAACCCGCAUUUUGACAGCAUUCAUCUGUAUCGUAGUAAUCCGUUACAGCAGGCAGCAUCUAGUGCCAAAAUCAGGGGAAGAAGAAGGGGAAGGAGGAGGGGAAAAAGAGCAGGAGCAGAAACCAGAGGAACAACAUGCAGUGGUUGUGGCAGAAGCAGAGGGAUCCCAGUACAAAGUCCAUGCAGACUACCUCACCAAAGCCCAGAUCCGUAAUCCUACCCUGCAAAAAACCCUAACCCCUCUUUAUAACGAGUUCCACUACUACACGUCUACUGCUGCACCGUCCGCUUCCCUCUACUAACCGAAGUAAAAUCUAGGUUUGAGGGGCUGUGAAGUGGGGAUUGAAUCAUGGCGACAACGGCAGCAACGGGAAUGGGAACAGCGAAGAGGAAGCCCGUGUUCGUGAAGGUCGAUCAGCUAAAGCCAGGGACUAGUGGCCACACAUUGACCGUCAAGGUCGUUGACUCCAAUCCUAUUAAGCCCGCCAUCCGCAAGGGCCGGUCCGUGGCGUCUCUGACUCAGCCUCUUCGCCCCUCUCGAAUUGCUGAGUGCCUCGUUGGCGACGAGACUGGCUCUAUCCUUUUCACCGCUCGCAAUGACCAAGUUGAUAUUAUGAAGUCUGGCGCAACAAUUAUCUUGCGAAAUGCUAAGAUUGACAUGUUCAAGGGGACAAUGAGGUUAACGGUUGAUAAAUGGGGGCGCAUUGAAGUGGCAGAGCCUGCUUCUUUCACUGUUAGAAAGGAAAACAAUCUUUCAUUAGUUGAAUAUGAAUUAGUCAAUGUUGCGGAUCAGUGAUUUGUAUUGCACUCCUGGACGUGAAAUAUUUUUUUAUCACCAGAGGGCUUGGUUUUGAAUGUUGAAACAUGAACUGUAAACGAAAUGCCAUUUAAUGAUUCGUAUACAGAUUGCAGCUAA